AUGGCGUCAGAGGACAAGAUCACCGAUGCCUCCAUCAUCGGCGAGAAGGUGGAAACCUCGCACGAGGAGGCAAUGCACUUUGGCCAGUUGACGGAGGAGGAGCUGCACAUUGAGAAGAAGUUGCGUGUCAAGAUAGACAUGCUUAUCAUGCCGCUUGUCAUUCUCGUCUAUUUGAUGAAUUACAUCGACCGGAACAAUUAUGCGGCUGCCCGGUUGCAGGGUCUGGAGAAGGAUCUCAAGUUGGUUGGAGACCAAUACCAAGUCGGCUUGAGUAUCUUCUUCGUCCUGAUGCAAGUGCCUUCGAAUCUUCUACUCAACUAUAGCGGACGCCCGUCGUGGUAUUUGGGCUUUUUCAUCUGCGCAUGGGGUCUGGUCUCUGCCCUGACCAGCCAAGUAAGUACAUAUGGACAGAUUGUCGCUUGCAGAUUCGUCCUUGGACUCGUCGAGGCACCCUUCUUCCCGGGCGUGCUCUUCUAUCUCAGUAAAUGGUACACCAAGAGCGAACUUUCCCUACGCAUGGCCAUCUUUUAUUCGGGAUCUCUUAUUUCUGGCGCCUUCGGCAAUCUCAUCGCGGCAGGUAUCCUCUCAGGUCUGAGCGGCGCCAGAGGCAUGGCCGCCUGGCAAUGGCUUUACAUCAUUGAAGGCGCCAUAACAUGCCUCAUCGGCAUUGUCAUCAUCUUCGUCCUGCCCGAUUUCCCGGACACAUGGCGUGCGUUGAGUCCUGAAAUGAAGCGGGUCGCGAACCGCCGCCUCGCCAUCGACGCCGCCGAAGCCGACGUCGACGAAGCCGGUGGCAUGAGCCAAGUGCGAGGCAUGAAGCUCGCGUUUGCGGACCCAAAAACCUACAUCCUCGCCAUCGCAUAUCACGGCAUCACCGGCGCCGCAGGAUUUCAGAAUUUCUUCCCGACCCUAACCGCGACACUCGGCUACAACCACAUCGUCUCACUCCUACUUGUCGCCCCUCCCUAUGUCUUUAUGGUUUUUUACUCCUUCUUCCACAGCUGGCUAUCGGACCGCGUGGGCAACCGAUUCUGGUUCUUCAUGUACCCCAUUCCCGUCACCAUCGUCGGCUGCAUCAUCUUCAUGACCACCGACAGCUUCGGACCGCGCUACUUCAGCUUGUUCCUGCUCAACUUUGUCUUCGCUAUGAACGGCACCUGCUACGCCUGGAUCGCCAACGCCAUCCCGCGUCCGCCGGCCAAGCGCGCCGCCGCGCUCGCGUUCAUUAACAGCGUCGGCAACGCUGCUAGCAUCUGGACCCCGUUCACGUACUUUCCGGGCCAGGGCAAACACUACCCGACUGCGAUCGGGAUCGUCAUUGGCCUGCUGGUCUUGGCGGGCCUGAGUGGCAUCGCGCUCAGAUUUGUCCUGGAGAGGCAGAACAAGCAGCUCGCCAGACUGGAGGACGAGAACGUACAGCUGACGGAACGCGAGUUGGCUCGAUUGAGGAAGACUGCCGAUAUUGAGGGCAUCGAUGUCGCCGCCGCACGGAGGUUGCAGAAGGGCUACCGCUUCAUGAUAUAA